ACAGCGCACCUCGACAUGCCGCCUUAACAGCGUGCGUGUGUAUGACAGUAAGGGAUCAUCCAGCAGAUGAGCUUCUAUUGCUCCCGGAGGGUAUCACGCCGCACUUUCAUGCUAAUACCUUCUGAAGUAGGGGAGCUGCGUAGCCAUUUUGUAGUCAUUUAAAACUUAACGUGGGAUAUAAUGACGCCCGGUCCGUGGAUGCAACGCAUAGGUGGUCUUCUUAACUUUGCACUUUCACAUGGAUUACAAUAGAAAGCCGGGGUGCGAGGAGGAAAAGCGCAAGUGCUGUUUUCAGGGGUUCUGGUGAAAUUAUGUGGAUGAUUUGAGUUUUUGAAACUAUGGAGCUGCAAAUAACCUGGAUCUGGGGGUACUUUCUGCUCCAAGUCCCGAUGCUGGCACCUUUACGUUCACAAGCUUUAUCUCCUGGAGCCGCUUGGGCAAAUACAUCUGUGGGUCCCGGCUGGAUGUAUGAAACCGGCAGGACUUUAACGCCUAAGUUUGUGUGGAGUUUAUUAGAGAUGGAGGGGCGACUCGCAGUGUCGGCGCUGCCCCGUAAGUUGCGCUGCGCACCUCUGCACUGGAACCCAGCGCCGCUGUUUUCUAGGAUCAAAAAGCCGGAAAAUUCAAUUUUAACACGUUUUCUUCCGAUUGUGCAUGGACAGGACUGCUUCAUCAAAUAUAAAAGAAAUAGCAGAGCAGGCAAGCCCGUCACGUACAUUAAUUACUUUUCCAGGAUAGAAGCAAAUUCCUUCUUAACUGCAGGUAAGUUGACGUUAAAUGUCAAGGACCUUUUAUUUGUUCUGUUUGGAAAUUUACAGCUGUACAAUUUGUCCUGCAAGGCAACAAGCUUGCAGGUGUUUUUGAGUAACGGGAGCGUAACGACCGAGUGGGAGCAGGACCGCAGUCGCCAAGCGGUUGAAGGCGCGGAGGCGUCGUUGUUUUGCAUGCUGCCGACCUGGCAAGAGGAUCAGUCCGUGCGUGUCAAGCUGAGGUUUAUGACAGACGGAGCACAAUCGGAGGGCAACCAUACAGACAAAAGACGGAGGAGGAACGUUAACACCGCUCCUCAAUUUCAGCUGCCGAACUAUCAGGUGUCGGUGGCCGAGAACGAGCCGGCUGGGACCCGAGUUUUCACCCUCAAAGCCGUCGAUUUAGAUGAUGGAGAAGCUGGGAGAAUUGAAUACAGCAUCGAGGCUCUCUUCGAUAGCAGAUCCAAUGAUUAUUUUCAAAUCGAAUCACAGACCGGAAGCAUCACAACCAAGCAGCCUUUGGACAGGGAGAUCAAAGACACUCACGUCUUUAAAGUCACAGCAUCUGAUCAUGGCAUCCCUCAGAGGUUGGGAACAACCUAUCUCACUGUCACUGUGAAGGACACCAAUGACCACGAGCCAGUGUUCGAACAGACGGAAUACAGAGUCAGUAUUCGGGAAAAUGUUGAGGUCGGCUAUGAGGUGUUGACCAUCAGAGCUACAGAUGGGGACGCACCAUCCAAUGCUAAUAUGAUAUAUAAGAUACUGAAUGGAGAUGGCGUGAACUCAGACUUCGAAAUUGACUCUUGGAAAGGGUUAGUUAAGAUCAAGGUUCGGCCAGACCGAGAAACAAUAUCCCAGUACCAGUUGAUGGUAGAAGCCAACGACCAGGGCAAAGACCCUGGACCCCACAGUGCGACGGCCACAGUGUAUAUCACAGUGGAAGAUGAGAAUGACAACUACCCCCAGUUCAGUAAGAAGCGUUACGUUGUUCAGGUGCCAGAAAACAUCGCGGUCAACACUGAAGUGGUCCGGGUGGAAGCCACAGACAAGGACGAGGGUAACAAUGCGAAGGUGACCUACAGCAUCAUCAGUGGAAAUGUGCGGGGCCAGUUUUACAUCCACUCGCCCACGGGCAUCAUCGACGUCAUAAACCCACUGGAUUAUGAGACGAUCAGGGAGUACAACUUGCGGAUUAAGGCACAGGAUGGUGGCCGUCCACCUCUGAUUAACAGCACUGGAAUCGUGGUUGUGCGAGUGGUGGAUGUGAAUGACAACAGCCCCAUGUUUGUCAGUACGCCGUUCCAAGCCACUGUGCUGGAGAACGUGGUCGUUGGAUACUCUGUGAUUCACAUCCAGGCUAUAGAUGCAGAUUCCGGAGACAACGCUCGCUUGGAAUACCGGCUGCUCGACACCACCGCGGGUUUCCCCUUUGCCAUUAGCAACAGCACUGGCUGGAUCACAGUCAGUGUGGAGCUAGACAGGGAGUCCACAGAAUUUUAUACCUUUGGAGUUGAAGCACUGGAUCAUGGGAUCCCUGUGAUGUCAUCAUCAGCCAUUGUCAGCAUUACUGUACUAGAUGUGAAUGACAAUGUCCCGACCUUCACUGAGAAGCUGUACUCUCUGAAGAUAAAUGAGGAUGUUGUGGUGGGGACAAGUGUGCUCACUGUCACAGCUGUUGACCGGGACAUAAACAGUGUGGUGACAUAUCAGAUUGCCAGUGGAAACACACGCAACCGCUUUGCCAUCGCCAGCCAGAGCGGGGGUGGUCUCAUUACCCUGGCACUGCCCCUGGACUACAAGCAGGAACGGCAGUAUGUGCUGUCAGUCACCGCCUCAGAUGGCACCCGCUACGACACUGCUCAGGUCUGCAUUAACGUCACUGAUGCCAACACCCACCGGCCUGUAUUCCAGAGUACCAACUACCAGGUUCUGGUCAGUGAAGAUAAGCCUGUGGGCUCCACAGUGGUAGUCAUCAGUGCCACGGAUGAAGACACGGGUGAGAAUGCUCGCAUUACCUAUAUUAUGGAGGACAAUGUGCCUCAGUUUAAGAUUGACCCAGACGGAGGAGCCAUCACAACUCAGAUGGAGAUUGACUAUGAGGACCAGGCCUCCUACACACUGGCUAUUGUUGCCCAUGACAAUGGUAUCCCUCAGAAGUCUGACACCACCUAUGUAGAGAUCAUCAUUAUUGACGCCAAUGAUAACGCUCCUCAGUUUCUCCGGGACAUGUACCAGGGCAUGGUGUUUGAAGAUGCUCCAGUUUACACCAGCGUGCUGCAGAUUUCAGCAUCAGACAGGGACUCGGGAUCCAAUGGGAGACUGAGUUACACCUUCCAAGGUGGGGAUGAUGGGGAUGGUGAUUUUGUCAUUGAGCAGUAUUCUGGAAUCAUCAGAACAGCCAGGAAGUUGGACAGAGAAAAUGUAGCUGUGUACAGCCUGAAGGCCUAUGCUGUAGACAAGGGUAUUCCUCCACUGAAAGCAGUGGUGGACAUCCUGGUGUCUGUGCUGGACAUAAAUGACAAUGCACCAGUGUUUGAGAAGGAUAGGUUAGAUAUCUUUGUGGAGGAAAACAGCCCCAUGGGCUCCAUUGUAGCACGGAUCACCGCUACGGAUCCAGAUGAGGGUACCAAUGCUCAGAUUCUGUAUCAGAUUGUGGAGGGGAAUGUUCCAGAAGUUUUCCAGCUGGAUAUUUUUACAGGAGACCUGAUGGCAUUGGUAGACCUAGACUAUGAGUCCAAAACGGAGUAUAUGAUUGUUGUCCAGGCCACAUCAGCUCCUCUGGUCAGCCGCACCACUGUAUAUAUAAAACUCGUGGACGUAAAUGACAACGACCCAGUCCUGCGGGACUUUGAGAUCAUCUUUAACAACUAUGUCACCAACAAGUCCAACAGCUUCCCACCUGGGGUGAUUGGGAAGGUACCUGCUCAUGACCCUGAUGUAUCCGACAAACUCCACUACAGUUUUGUGGAGGGGAAUGAGCUGAGUCUCCUUAUCCUGGACCAGGAGACUGGGGACCUGAAGCUCAGCAAGGCCCUGAACAACAACCGACCCUUGGAAGCAGUCAUGAAAAUGUCAGUCACAGAUGGGCUGCACCGCGUCAUGGCGCUGUGCACACUGCGCGUCACCAUCAUCACCGACGACAUGCUGACCAGCAGCAUCACGGUCCGCCUGGAGAACAUGUCGCAGGAGCGCUUCCUGUCGCCACUGCUGGGGCUCUUCGCGGAGGGCGUGGCCGUCGUGCUGUCCACCCGGCGACACGACGUCUUCGUGUUCAACAUCCAGAAUGACACAGACACCCGUGGCGGCGUGCUCAACGUCACCUUCUCGGCGCUGCGGCCCGGCUCCGGCCCGAACCGCUACAUCCCGUCGGAGGAGCUGCAGGAGCAGGUGUACCUGAACCGCACGCUGCUGCGCCUGGUGUCCGGCCAGGACGUGCUGCCCUUCGACGACAACAUCUGCCUGCGCGAGCCGUGCGAGAACUACAUGAAGUGCGUGUCAGUGCUGCGCUUCGACAGCUCGGCACCCUUCAUCGCCUCCGACACCGUGCUUUUCCGGCCCAUCCACCCCGUCAACGGCGUCCGCUGCCGCUGCCCGGCCGGCUUCACCGGCACGUACUGCGAGACCGAGAUCGACCUGUGCUACUCUGGGCCCUGCCGCAACAACGGGCUCUGCCGCAGCCGAGAGGGCGGCUACACCUGCGAGUGCCUCGAGGACUUCACAGGCGAGCAUUGCGAGGUGGACGCCCGCUCUGGCCGCUGCGUGCCCGGCGUGUGUAAGAACGGUGGCAGGUGUGUCGACCUGCUGGUGGGGGGGUUCAUGUGCCAGUGUGCCCCGGGGGAGUACGAGAAGCCGUACUGCGAGAUGACCACCCGCAGCUUCCCGGGACAGUCCUUCGUCACCUUCCGGGGCCUGAGGCAGAGGUUCCACUUCACCGUGUCCUUUAUGUUCGCCACACGCGAAAGGAACGGCCUGCUGCUCUAUAACGGGAGAUUUAACGAGAAGCACGACUUCAUCGCCCUGGAGAUCGUGGAGGAGCAGGUGCAGCUGACCUUCUCUGCAGGAGAGACUAAGACAACUGUGACGCCAUUCGUCCCGGGAGGCGUCAGCGACGGACAGUGGCAUUCCGUCCGGCUGCACUACUACAACAAGGACAGCCUGCACUUCCCGGACUCCACUGGGGCGUUACGGGUCUCCCUUUAUACAGCCUGGCUGGAGCUGAAACAUAAGGAGCCCAACGUCGGACGCCUGGGAGUCCCUCACGGCCCCUCGGGGGAGAAGGUGGCGGUGGUCGCCGUGGAUGACUGCGACAUCGCCAUGGCAGUGCGUUUCGGCAGCCAGCUGGGGAAUUACUCCUGCGCCGCCCAGGGGACCCAGACGGGGCCGAAGAAGUCCCUGGAUCUGACUGGACCGCUUCUCCUGGGUGGCGUGCCAAAUCUGCCCGAGGACUUCCCCGUGCAGAACCUGGACUUCGUGGGCUGCAUGAGAAACCUGACGAUCGAUAGCAAGCCUAUGGACAUGGCCAGCUUCAUAGCCAACAACGGAACCACCGCAGGCUGUGCCGCGAAGAGGGACUUCUGCAGCACAUCUGUGUGCCAGAACGGGGGCACAUGCGUGAACACGUGGAACACAUAUUACUGCAACUGCCCGCUGAGCUACGGAGGCAAGAACUGUGAGCAAGCCAUGCCGUCCCCCCGACACUUCGACGGACAUGCCCUGGUGUCGUGGUUUGACCCGGACAUCACCAUCACAGUCCCCUGGUACAUGGGCCUGAUGUUCCGGACCCGGCAGAGCCACGGGAUGCUGAUGCAGGCUAAUGCCGGAGCCUCUUCCAGAGUCAAUCUUCUGGUCAGUGCCCAGCACCUGCUGUUCGAGGUCUUCCUGGGGGAGCUCCGACUGGCCUCUCUCGAGCUCCCAGGCGUGCGGGUGGACGACGGCCAGUGGCAUCACAUCCUUGUGGAGUUGAAGAGCACCAAGGAUGGGAAGGACAUUCAGUACAAGGCCAUGGUGUCACUGGACUACGGAAUGUUCCAGCGGGCCGUGGAGAUCGGGAGCGAGCUUCCAGGCCUCCGGCUGAAAAGCCUGUUUGUGGGCGGAGUUCUGGGGGAGAAUGGGACUGUCCGGGGUGGCUUCCAAGGCUGCAUGCAGGGUGUUCGUAUGGGCGAGACGGCCACCAACACGGCCAACGUGAACAUGCAGGAAGGCCUGGCGAUGGGAGUGGGGGAGGGCUGCUUGCCUGCGGACCCCUGCGCCUCCCACGCCUGCCCCGAGCACAGCCACUGCAGCGACCUCUGGGACGCCGCUUCCUGCGUCUGUGAUCCAGGCUACUUUGGGACAGACUGCAUGGACCCUUGCCAGCUGAACCCCUGUGAGCACGUCUCCAGCUGUGUGCGCAGGCCCGGCUCCGCCCAUGGCUACGCCUGCGAAUGUGGACCCAGCUACUACGGCCAGUACUGCGAGAGGAAGAUGGACCAGCCCUGUCCUCGUGGCUGGUGGGGGCACCCAGUCUGUGGGCCCUGUAACUGCGAUGUCAGCAAAGGAUUCAACCCUGACUGCAACAAGACGACAGGGGAAUGCCAGUGUAAGGAUAACCACUACAGGCCAGAGAGCGAGGACACCUGCUACCCAUGUGACUGCUUCCCGGUGGGCGCCCACACCCGCACAUGUGACCCUCGCACUGGCCAGUGCACCUGCAAGGCGGGUGUCAUCGGGCGCCAGUGCAACCGCUGUGACAACCCAUUCGCCGAGGUGACGGGCACUGGCUGUGAGGUUGUUUACGAUGGCUGCCCCAAGGCUUUCGAUGCUGGAAUCUGGUGGCCUAAGACCAAAUUUGGCCGUCCAGCUGCAAUAGACUGUCCAAAGGGCUCGUUCGGCACAGCAGUCCGACACUGCAGCGACGAGAAGGGUUGGCUUCCUCCCAAUCUUUUCAACUGUACCACCAUGGCCUUCUCCCAGCUGAAGAUACUGAAUGAGGAGCUGCACCGUAAUGAGUCCUUGAUGGACUCGGAGAAAUCCAAGAGCAUCGCCCGCAUGCUCCAGAAUGCCACUGAGCACGUGCGCCGCUUCUACGGAAACGACGUCAGGACGGCGUACCAGCUGAUCCUGCGGGUCCUGCGAUACGAGAACCAACAGCAAGGCUUCGACCUGGCAGCCACACGAGACGCGCAGUUCAGCCAGAACAUCAUCAGAGCAAGCAGCACCGUCCUCGACCCAAAUAACAAGGAGCACUGGGACCAAAUCCAGACAUCUGAGGGUGGAACGGCUCACCUGCUCCGGAACUUUGAGGAGUAUGCCAAUAACAUGGCCCAGAACAUGAGGAGGACCUACCUCAAACCUUUCACCAUUGUCACGGAAAAUAUGAUUGUUGCUGUCGAUUAUCUGGAUACCUCCAAUCAAGACCAGGCCAAGAUGCCACGUUUCCAGGAUAUACAGAACGCUUAUCCCAAAGACCUGGAGUCUUCCGUGCGGUUCCCAGAAUUCACUUCCAAAUUCAGCCAGGACGAAGUAGAACACAGAGGGGAUCCUUCUCUUCAGACCAAGAGCCACACCAAGAAGAGACGUGAUGCUGAGAAUGUUGACCCUCUUCCAGUUGCCAUGGUGAUCAUCUACAGGUCACUGGGUCAACUGUUACCAGAACACUACGACCCAGACCGUCGGAGUUUGAGGUUGCCUACCCGCCCAGUCAUCAACACCCCCAUCGUUAGCACUGCUGUCCACAGUGAAGGGGGACUUUUGCCGAGCCCCCUGGAAAAGCCAGUCAUCUUGGAAUACACCUUGCUGGAGACUGAGGAGCGGACCAAACCUAUCUGUGUGUUUUGGAACCAUUCAAUGGCGAUUGGAGGGACGGGCGGAUGGUCCUCAAAGGGCUGUGAGCUGUUCUUCAGGAAUGCCACCCACAUCAGCUGCCAGUGUAACCACAUGACCAGUUUCGCCGUGCUCAUGGACAUCUCUAAGCGAGAGCAUGGGGACGUCCUGCCCCUGAAGAUUGUCACUUACACCGCGGUGUCGGCAUCACUGCUAGCCCUGCUCCUCACCUUCAUCCUACUGGCUGCCAUUCGCAAGGUGCGAUCCAACCUCCACAACAUCCACAAGAACCUGGUGGCAGCGCUCUUCCUCUCUGAGCUCGUCUUCCUCAUCGGCAUCAACCAGACCGACAACCCGUUCGUCUGCAUGAUGGUGGCCAUUCUGCUGCAUUACUGCUGCGUGUGCAUCUAUGCCUGGAUGUUUGUGGAGGGCCUGCACGUCUACCGCAUGCUGACUGAGCUGCGCAACAUCGACCACGGCCACAUGCGCUUCUACUACGCCAUCGGCUGGGGCGUCUCCGCCAUCGUUGUAGGCCUGGCUGUGGGGUUGGACCCGCAGGGGUACGGGAACCCCGACUUCUGCUGGCUCUCGCUGCAUGACACCCUCAUCUGGAGUUUGUUUGGUCCGUCCUCUCUGGUGGUCCUGGUCAAUGGGGUGAUAUUCACUCUGGCUUUGAGGGCAACUUGCGGACGGAGGCACCGGUCAUUAGCAAAGUCAGGCAUCAUUUCAGCCCUGCGGAGUGCCUUCCUGCUGCUGCUGCUCAUCAGCGCCACCUGGCUGCUGGGCCUGAUGGCGGUCAACAGUGACAUCAUGGUCUUUCAUUACCUCUUUGCUGCUUUCUGCUGUCUGGAGGGUAUAUUCGUCUUUCUCUUCUACUGUGUCUUCAGCAAAGAUGUGCGGAAGAGUCUCAGGAACAUCUUUGCAGGGAAGAAGGCCCUGCUGGACGAGUCGAGCACCACCCGCGCCUCCCUGCUGACUCGCUCUCUGAACUGCAACACAUUCGCCGAGGAGAGUGCCCUGUACCGCACACCUAUUGGGGAGUCUACCGUAUCCAUGGAGACCAGCAUCAGGGAUGAGUCUGGACAGAAGCCUGGUAUCUCCUCGGGCACAGCCAGAGCUGGACACAUCAACAAAGACUCUGUUUUCCCCCGGAAUGGUACCAAGGGUGAAGACUCUGACUCAGACAGCGAGCUCUCUGCAGAUGAGCACAGCAUCUCCUAUGCCUCCUCCCACUCGUCUGACAGUGAGGGGGAUGAAGGGAAGGCGAAGGCCAAGUGGAACGCUGAUACAACCCAGAACAAUGAGCGCCAGCUAAAACAUGGCCCCCAUAAAGUGGAUGUAGCGUCCAAUCAUGUGCAGCCUUACUGGCCGGUGGAAAUGACAACAGCCAGUGACAGCGAGAGCCCCGGCAGGCCAGAGAAACUGCGGGUGGAGAUGCGGGUGAAUGUGGAGCUGCAUCCCGAGAACAAACUCAACCACCUGGAAGAGAUGCCCCAAGACCAGGAGGGCCCUCCGCCCGACAACAGGCGCCAGUCACAACAAAGGAAGGGAAUUCUGAAAAACAAGAUCACUCACCCUCCUCCGAUUGCAGACAAGAACAUGAAGAACCGCCUCCGGGAGAAGCUGUCGGAAUACAGCGACCCCACCGUCCCGUCCAGGGCGUCCUCGGCAGCGUCGAGCGAGGGAGCGCGCCCAGUCAGCCAGGGCGAAGGCUUGCUCAUCAAGCCCCUCCAGCGGCCAUCGGUGACCCUCCGGGAACCGGCCAAUGGCCUCACCGUGGCACUGCAGGCAGACACUGUGAACAGGGGUGAUGACUCCGACUCCUACGGCAGUAAUGAAACCUCAAUUUGAGCCGUUGUGAGGAAAGCUGGAGAAGCCACGCCCUUCUGUCCUUCAGCUCCUAUGGAGAUCAGUAUUACUGCAGACUUUUACCUGCCUAAGUGAAAGGGAAUGAUUGCGUAUCUCUGGGUACAGCAGGACGGUGGUCCAUUGCCAAAGCCACUGAAGGAUGUGGAAACUACAAGAUCCAGCAUGCACUUGUGCACAGAUUGAUGCAAUGCAUUUUUUUUUCUUUUUUUAGAGAAACUUUAAACCUUAAACCUUUGUCUGGGACGAAUGUAUGGACAGCUGUUGAAUCUGUUUGUUUGUGAGCCUUGUUUUAAAGUGUAGAAUAGCAGAAUAGCUGUGCAGUCCUACUUGACAUCAUGUUGGGUAACUAGGUUUACAGUCCGCAAGCUUUCCAUCAGGAUGUGCUUGAAACACGGAAAGGUUUCCCCUCCCAGAAAACAGUGGCAUGGAAGCACAGAAUCUGACCUGUCACACAUACAGUAACAGAUGUAAGUCUGCAGGACGGCUUCGGCUAUGUGUUUGGACUUAGCUCCUGUCACGUGUAUGAACAAAGAUGCUGUGUGGUGUGAUGCGACCCGGCCUAAUAAUUCACCAUCUGGAUCUCCUGUAAGGCAUUGUUUCACCUGUGUUAACACAUCUGCAAUUUCCGUGGUACUUAAGACAUUUAUUGACGUUUUAUGUCAAAGGCCGUGAUCCAUUCCUGGAAUACCAUGUGAAGGUGGUAAAAUGGUACAUAAAUUAUCCAUCCAUCCAUCCAUUUUCCAAACCGCUUAUCCUACUGGGUCGCGGGGGGUCCGGAGCCUAUCCCGGAAGCAAUGGGCACGAGGCAGGGAACAACCCAGGAUGGGGGGCCAGCCCAUCGCAGGGCACACUCACACACCAUUCACUCUCAUAUGCACGUAAAUAAAUUAUAUUUCUGAUUAAUGAUAUCACCAUGGAAAUAGUGAUGUCAUGUACAAAUUGGCUUAUUUGUCUCUUCCUCGGAGGACCUCAGGAUGACAGCACUGCUGAUCCAGAGGGGGGAGAGAGUGAUAGAACCACGGGGAAUGAUCUACGACACAGGAGAACCUCUACUGUGAGACAACGGUGAAUUUAAGCUUGGUUCAACCACUUAUGUCUGGUUUCUACCAAACGAGACCCCUUCUGCGGUACGGGCAGAUUCCAUGUGUGUCUGUCCUAGCAGCACAGCCACCCCACCUUACCAAACCCUGGUCUUUUUUUCUGUAAUCAAUGACACUGGAAUUGUUUUUGAAACAUACACAUGUUUAUUUUGUAUUGUUUUAAGUCUGCAGCAAGACUUUAAAUAAAACAAAAUUUGUAUAAUUUUUUACUUUAAA